AGAGAGGGAGAGAGGCCUCGAGUCGUGCGGGCUCCAGGCUCCGGGCUCUGGGUGAGGCCUGAUCCCUGCUCCCGCCCGGCCACCCUCAUUCUCCAGUUGUAUCCCCUGCCAGAGUCUGCAGCCUCGGGCCGCGGCGUGGUUGCCUGGGAAACGCUUGCGCCUGCGCAGGGCUUCCUAGGCGCUGGAGUCCGCCGGCGGCCUCGCCGCUGCCGGCCGCUCACGGAGGAACUACAAUUCCCAGGAGACCGCGCGGUGGGUGGGGGCGGGGUAGUGGGCGGGGCAUCGGCAGGCUAGGUUCUCUCCGCGCAGCGCCAGUCGCAGAGGAAGAUGGCGCCGCGGAGGGUCAGGUGGUUUCUGCGCGGGCUCCCGGCGCUGCUACUGCUGCUGCUCUUCCUCGGGCCCUGGCCCGCGGCGAGCCACGGCGGCAAGUACUCGCGGGAGAAGAACCAGCCCAAGCCGUCCCCGAAACGCGAGUCCGGAGAGGAGUUCCGCAUGGAGAAGUUGAACCAGCUGUGGGAGAAGGCCCAGCGGCUGCAUCUUCCUCCCGUGAGGCUGGCCGAGCUCCACGCUGAUCUGAAGAUACAGGAGAGGGACGAACUCGCCUGGAAGAAACUAAAGCUUGAUGGCUUGGACGAAGAUGGGGAGAAGGAAGCGAGACUCAUACGCAACCUCAAUGUCAUCUUGGCCAAGUAUGGUCUGGACGGGAAGAAGGACGCUCGGCAGGUGACCAGCAACUCCCUCAGUGGCACCCAGGAAGAUGGGCUGGAUGACCCCAGGCUGGAAAAGCUGUGGCACAAGGCGAAGACCUCUGGGAAAUUCUCCAGCGAAGAACUGGACAAGCUCUGGCGGGAGUUCCUGCAUCACAAAGAGAAAGUUCACGAGUACAACGUCCUGCUGGAGACCCUGAGCAGGACCGAAGAAAUCCACGAGAACGUCAUUAGCCCCUCGGACCUGAGCGACAUCAAGGGCAACGUCCUGCACAGCAGGCACACGGAGCUGAAGGAGAAGCUGCGCAGCAUCAACCAGGGCCUGGACCGCCUGCGCAGGGUCAGCCACCAGGGCUACAGCACUGAGGCCGAGUUCGAGGAGCCCAGGGUGAUUGACCUGUGGGACCUGGCGCAGUCCGCCAACCUCACGGACAAGGAGCUGGAGGCAUUCCGGGAGGAGCUCAAGCACUUCGAAGCCAAAAUCGAGAAGCAUAACCACUACCAGAAGCAGCUGGAGAUUGCGCACGAGAAGCUGAGGCACGCAGAGAGCGUGGGCGACGGCGAGCGUGUGAGCCGCAGCCGCGAGAAGCACGCCCUGCUGGAGGGGCGGACCAAGGAGCUGGGCUACACGGUGAAGAAGCAUCUGCAGGACCUGUCCAGCAGGAUCUCCAGAGCUCCGCACAAUGAACUCUGAAGGCAUUGGGGAGCCCAGCCCGGCAGGGAAGAGGCCAGCGUGAAGGACCUGGGCUCUUGGCCGUGGCAUUUCCGUGGACAGCCCGCCGUCAGGGUGCCUGGGGCUGGCACGGGUGUCGAGGCAGGAAGGAUUGUUUCUGGUGACUGCAGCCGCUGCUGUCGUGACACAGGGCUUGGUGGUGGUAGCAUUUGGGUCUGAGAUCGGCCCAGCUCUGACUGAAGGGGCUUGGCUUCCACUCAGCAUCAGCGUGGCAGUCACCACGCCAGUGAGGACCUCGAUGUCCAGCGGCUGUCAGGUCUGAUAGUCCUCUGCUAAAACAACACGAUUUACAUAAAAAAUCUUACACAUCUGCCACCGGAAAUACUAUGCACAGAGUCCUUAAAAAAUAGAGUGCAGUAUUUAAACCA